GAUAGGCCCAAUGUAUGUUAUCUUUUUGAAUUGGAAACACCUGCGAAAAUCUGGUUUCCAUUGCUAUCUCUCGAUUUGUCACGUCUGCUAAAAUUUCUAUCCUUAAGCAUAAUUGCCGUUCUAGAUCGAUUUUUAGAGAACAUGCUCAGCCUCCACACCUGUUCCGCCUUGACCAAGAUCAACUCUGCUGGCGCGUGCACCGUCCGGCGAAACCUGAGCCGCUUAUCUGCAGCCGGCAGAAAACUUCUCAAGAGUUCAAAUAAUAAGUUGGCGUUAUCAGCCGAUAAGGUGUGCUCCUCGGCCAGCUUCCACUCGUCCGCUGCGUCCAACAUGCGUUUCGUCCAGUUCCAGUCGGUCAACGGAGGGCCUCAACGUCUUGGUGUCCAACUCAGCCAGGACGGGGACAUCAUCGACGUCAGCGGCGUCAACUCGUCCAUUCCCAACAGCCUGGUCAAAUUCCUCCAGGCUGGACCUGCUCACCAUGAAAAGGCCAAGAGGAUUGUUGCCCAAGGCCAGUCGGUUGUUUCACUCUCAGAGGUCAAACUGCUGCCCCCAAUCACUAGGCCUGACAAAGUAGUCUGUGUCGGACUCAACUACAGAGAUCAUUGUGAAGAGCAAAACAAGCCCGUGCCUACCGAGCCUGUUUUCUUCAGCAAGUUUUCCAGCGUCAUUGUCGGCCCUAACGAUGACGUCAAAUACCCAAAGGACAUCACAAAAUGUUUAGAUUGGGAGGUCGAGUUGGCGGUAGUGAUUGGCACCAAGGGCAAGAACAUCCGACAGGGUAAUUCCAUGGACCACGUUUUUGGCUUCACGGUGGCCCAGGACAUCACGGCUCGUGACUGGCAAAAAGGCCACAAUGGUGGUCAAUGGCUGCUUGGCAAAUCGAUGGACACCUUCUGCCCGAUGGGCCCUUGCGUCAUCACCAAGGAGGCCAUUCCUGACCCCCAUGACCUGGUGUUGAGGAGCUGGGUCAAUGGAGAGCAGAAACAACAGGGCAACAGCUCAAACCUGGUUUUUAAGAUUGAUUUCCUGGUUUCCUACCUUUCAAACUUUGUGACCUUGCUGCCUGGUGACGUCAUCCUGACUGGAACUCCGUCAGGCGUGGGCGUAUUUAGAAAGCCCCCGCAGUACUUAAAGCCCGGAGAUGUUGUCGAGAGCGAGAUCGAGGGCAUUGGAAGACUGAGAAACACUAUCGUCUGAAGUUCUCAAUCAAAACUGAACGCCAUAAUUUGCUCCGAGAGUACAAGUCACUGUAUUUUGAGCAAUCAAUGUGACAAAAGUUGAUUAAUUAGGAUAAUGCACUUAUAAAUUCCGAAUCACUGCUUGUUGAUACUUGUACCUAACUUUUGUUUAAAAAAAAACAACAGGGUUAUAUAAUUACUUGUUCCAAUCUGCAUUUACAAACAACAAUUUAAGGGGUUGGUCAAGCAGCUGCAUAAAAAUGGGUCUAGCAAUACUCUUGUAUCUCGGUUAUAUUAAAUAUUAGCCCACAUAAACUAUGAGUUCUUGGAAAUUUAAAGAACUGAACUGUGUGUGGUAUGACUAUGGUUGAGUUUUUUAAAAAUAGAAAAUUUUUACUGACCACUUGAAGAAAAAGAAAACUGCUCGACACGCUGAUUCUGACAUUGUAUGAUGUGAAAUUUCUAAUAUGUUUAUAAUUGCUGUACGCAACGCAGAUUUUCAGAAUGAGCUGCUGCUUGAAGUAUUAAAAAAAUGAAUUUUCCAUUACGCUCUUACAAUUCAAAAUGUUAAUUUAUUAUCGGGAUGUUUAAAAAAGCAGUAUUUGGAAAUUUUUAAUUUUUUGGUCAAAUAAACACCAAUAAUUUUUGUAAUUAUCGGUAACUGCACUAAUUAUAAACAAGCCAAAAUUAUUUUCCUAUAGCAGCAAUAAAUUAAAAUGAUAUUAAGCAA